AUGAUUCCUCGGAUACAAGGCGGGGGCCGCGCCGACUCGCUGCGCAAGAUCGAUACGUUCGUGUCGAGCCUACCACCCCGCGUCGACAUGCACACGGAGCUCGGCGUCGACAUCCUCCUCAACGUCUUCUCUGGUUUUGAAGUGUCCGGGCCGUACGCGCCAUUUCCCAGUGACCGCGAGUACGAAGCCCUCCAGCUCGCACAGGUGCACGCUGCCCUCUCGGAGCCUUCGAAAGCCUCGUGGUACACGAAAAUGGCACGGCUCGAUGCCGCGUUGAUUGAAAAGCCCGCACACUUGAGCAACAAGCGCGACAGUCUGCACGCAGUGUACGGUCGUGGUGUGCGGUCACGAAAACAGUCGGUACGGCGACAAGGCACGCAGCGCAACCUCCUCACGACGAUGGGGGGCUCGUCCAAGAUGGAUCUCAAGGCGCUUGCGGCCGCCGAAGUACAAACCCGGCUCACCGAGCUCUUUGAUCUCAGCGCCGGCGCGAGCAACGCGGUGCUGGACCGGCACAAGUGCCACGUCAUGAGUAUCUGCAUCGCCAAGCAAAUGGGCGCCACAUCGCAGCGCAAGAGCCGCACGAAAGCGUCGAUGGCGUGGACGCCCGAGGCCGUCGAAAACCUUCUGUUUGCCGGCGACGACACGAUCGAUGCGCGGCGGUUCUGCGACCGGUUCCUGCAGGCAACCGAGACGGUGACCGCCUUCAGCACCAACCACGACCACAUUGCAUUCAUCGACACCAUUUACACGGACGUGGCGUCCGAGAUCGAGACAGCAUCGCUGCUUGAAAAGACGGUGGUGCCCCUCACUGCGUCAAGUCCUAGCCCCAAGCACCACGAGCCCAAGCGCGCGGUGCUAUUACUCAAAGGUGGUCCUGUCAAGCCACGUGGCAUCGGGAAAGCGUCGCCCCGCAAAGCCGCCCACGUUGUUCAAGAGAUUCUGGCGCCAACGACAAAGGCGACAAUGACGGCACGACAACCAACGUCACGACCGGUGGCCGACAAGCUCGAGGACGAGCGCCCUGCGUCUCUGGUUCUACAGGACCGCCUCGAGGCCCUCCAAGAGAACCGACGAAGCAUUUUUCAAGCCAAUGCAACAAAACACGCACCGGUGCGACUCAUGUCCAAGGUCAAGCCCCAUCCACCGACCCUCGACGACGACGACGUCGAUCUUCAAGAGUGCAAAGUCAUGACGUUUUCGUUUGGGAAACUCAAAUUAGGGCAUAACUCAUAA